GGAAGUUGCGGGCAGCAGACGGCGGUGAGGAGACAGCUUCUUCUUCUGCGGAUUUAUUUUAGUUUGACCCGAAAACGAGAAAAGAGCCAUGAACCACAGCGCUAUGGCGAUGGACCACAGCGCCAUGGACCACAGCCACCACCAUCACGCCACCAUGGCUCCGCCCACCGCUGGCGGCCAUGUCCACGGAGCCGGGGCCAGCGACACAAUGCAUGAUGGGAAGUGUGGCGGACACGGCGGCAUGGCGAUGAGCUUCUACUUCGGAUACAGUAACGUGGAGCUGCUGUUCACCGGACUGCUCAUCAACUCCCCCGGAGAGAUGGUGGGGGCGUGUAUCGGGGUGUUCCUAUUGGCCGUCCUGUACGAGGGGAUGAAGAUCGGCCGCGAGGCGCUGCUGCGUCGCAGUCAGGUCAACGUGCGCUACAACUCGAUGCCGCUGCCCGGCGCCGACGGCACCGUGCUCAUGGAGACGCACAAGACCGUCGGACAGCGGAUGCUAAGCCCCGCCCACUUCCUGCAGACCCUGCUGCACAUCUUUCAGGUGGUCGUCAGCUACUUCCUGAUGCUCGUCUUCAUGACCUACAACGGCUACCUCUGCAUCGCCGUGGCAGCCGGCGCCGGCAUGGGCUACUUCCUGUUCAGCUGGCGGAAGGCCGUGGUCGUCGACAUCACGGAGCACUGCCAUUAGCCUGUUAGCUCGUGUGCUAGUUAGCUUUCCUGUCGUGAGGUUUGAUUAUUGCUGAUCACAAUCGAUGAACGCUAGCUGACGUGCUAACGUAUCGGCGCGCGAGACACUAAACUACAAACAGCUGUUACUCGGUAACCAUGGUAACGCCUCGUACACUAACGACUGUAGUUAGCUAGAAAAACGACUUAUCGCACUCGUUGUUUUCUGCCACAAACAUCUUUUUUUUCUUCUUUUUUUUCGGGGAGGCGGGAAAACUUCUCCAGCUGGACGAGCCGACCAAUCACAGCUCGACCACUUCAGACGUCUGAUUGGCCAAAUCACCUCGUUCUAUCUUUUUAUUUUUUAUUUUCUUCGUUAGUGCCAUGACAACUGGAAGGUUAGCGCUAUAUGUAGCUUACAUUCACGUAUUAUUGUAGUUAGCAUCGUUAGCGGUUCAAGAGGAGCAACCAAUCAGAAAAUAGGCAGUAUAAUUUAUUAGCGAAUAGAUGUUUUAUUAACUUUUUUUUAGAUUUAAGUGAAAAUAUAAAAAUAUAUCUUUUUUUUUUUUUUUUUGUCUUUUUUUGAAACUAUAACGUUAACGUGAAACCAGCUCACAUUUUUAUCCUUGAUUACGUCAUCGUUCACAGUAGCCAAUCAGAGCUCAGAUACUUAAAGGUUUACAUCAUGUUUUUGUUUUGUGAUUAUUUCCCCGCUUUUAUUUUGAAAUUCAAAACAUCGUACACCUGCCGACAUUUUGAGCUCCAGAAACACGAGAAGAAGAUUAUUAACGACGCGUUUGGUUUUAAUCUUCUUUACGACGCGUUUCUGGACCUUUUUUUGUUUUUUGGGUUUUUUUGUUAAAUUUUGCGAUCAAUCGUGUUUAGCUACACCGUCGUCCUUAACGAGACACCUGCUGCCUUAACGAGGCUCAACGUGCUGCUGCUGACUGGAGGCCAGUGAUUCACUUUAACCCUCAUCAUACUGUUCAGCCUCCACGAGGGUCCGAGGGUCCGAGGGUCCGAGGGUUAGAGGGUCCGAGGCUCCGAGUCUUUCAUGUUUCUGUUCAAUGAUUCAAACACUCGACAACAACAGCUGAAACAUUUCCCGUCUCUGUCCCGUGACGAUCAUUCAUCCUCAUCUCUGGCUAAAGGAAGCGUUUCCAGGUUGGAGCGUGAGCCGUAUGUGAGGGUUAAACUAACGAAGCUCAUUUCCAGGAACGACGCGGGUUCUAGCGUCUCUGUUCUCAUGAAAUGACUUUAAAUGUGAUUUUCUUUGUUUUGGUCUUUUCUGGUAUUUUUUCGCACUUUCUGGACCAAUCAGGUGCAGGACGGACGGCGUGCUGAGGAGCUGGUGGCAGAAGCUGCACGUUCGUCUUCAUGUUGAAACGAUUAAAAACUGUGUGAAGGAUUUUAUUAAAAGUGUCAAAUGUUUUAAUUGUUGUCAAAAAUGCUGGAAAAUAAAAAACCAAUAAAGUUUAUGAAGAAA